AACUAUUCUACGUCUUCGCCUUCCUCCGACUACCAACAUCAACACUCUUCCAUCCUCCCCGUCUACGUUGCUCGUAAUUGUUCUUCAACAUGGAGGCAAUCCGGCCCUCUCUCGCCUCAUUGAGGCUCCAUGCUCCCCGUCGAGCUCGCCCUCUCUACCAAUGCCUCCAUACGUCAUCUUCCCGAUAUGCGCAACCGCUCCCACAGCCCUCCGUCCCUGGCCCUCCACCCGAUGCCCCCAAGCCUUCUCCAGCAGAUGCCCUCGCGCGCGUAGAGAGGAAACGGAAACAGGCUGCAUUGCUCAAGCAGGCCCAGGAGGUUCGCUCCGCGCCCACAAAGCCAACGUACGCUCUGCAGAAGCGCUUCUGGCAAGAUGUCUCUGUCCAGGAAACAGACGAUGGCCUACAAGUGUUCCUCGACAAGCGACCUGUCCGAACUCCCACCAAGGAGAUCCUCACCGUCCCGGCCUCCAAGCACCAGCUGGCCACCGCCAUUGCACUCGAAUGGGACCUCCUCGUCAGCGCACAGCAAGCCCUCAAGACCCACUACAUCCCCAUGACCUCGCUCGCCGCCCGCGCUGUCGACAUCGCAAAGGCCGAUGCAGCGGGGAACUCGAAGCCUCGUGACGACAUUAUCAGGAUGUUGAUGCGCUACCUGUCUACCGACACUCUGCUUUGCUGGGCUCCGGAGAAAAGCCUCCAUGAUCCGGAGAACGUUGGCUCCCUUCGCGACUUGCAGAUAGACAUUUCGACCCCCAUCAUCGCAUACUUGACCACCCAUGUCUGGCCAGGAGUGGAGAUCAAGCCCAUCCUAGAACCUGACAGCAUCAUGCCCAUUGACCAGCCGGAGAUGACCAAGAGCGUGUUGAUUGGGUGGCUGAGUGGUCUACCCGCAUUCGAGCUCGCUGGCCUAGAGCGGGCUGUGCUUGCGUCCAAGAGUCUGCUGGUUGGCGUUCGGUUGAUUCACGAGUGGGCCGAAGCCUUCGCGGAUGUCAGAGGAAACACUGGCGGGCAUCGGUUCGGCAUUGAGGAGGCGGCGGAGGCAGCAAGCACGGAGGUGCGAUGGCAAACGAGGCAGUGGGGCGAGGUGGAGGAUACCCACGAUGUGGAAAAGGAAGACAUGAAGAGGCAGCUCGGCAGUGUUAUUCUUUUGGUCGGCGGGGAUAGAACAUAAAGGACUAUUGUUGUAGUGUUGGCCAUAGAGCGGCAAAAAGCGAAGGAUAUACGGAGUACGAUAAGUGUUCAAAUACGCAUGGAAUUAUUCAUAGAGAUGCCUGCCCCUGGCGUGCUGGCAUAGAAGACAAAGGGAGAAGGAAAGCAAGCUCUCCAAUCGAGUACACUUUAGAGGAACCAUGAUACUGUCAUUAUGAGACGAAUCAAGCAUGAACUUGUGUCGUAUUAUUAGUAUGAUUGUAUUGUUGCUCUUGGUGAUCUUAUUGCUGAUGCCAAGUGCCCUCGGAGCAAGCUCCCCUUAGCAUCUGAUUGGCUCCCCUGCGCUUCCCUGGUUGGCGAUGGCGAUGGCGAUGGCGAUGGCGAUGGCGAUGAUCAAGCAGAGGCGGGGCAUGAAAAGAAAAAAAGGAAAAGAGAC